AUGUCGUCUAUGGGACCAUCGCAUGCUCGACCUCUGUCUCCACAGGUCUCUUUAGCAAAGCUCGCUCGGAAAGAAUCAUGGUUUGGAUCAUGGCGCGAUAACCGUCGAAGCAUCAAGACUUCCUCUAGUACCAAAAGCAACGAUACAGACGAGGUCCCUCUUGACAACAUCUUCACACCAAUACAGGCCGACGAUAUCCUUCCGCAGAUACCCAUUGGACGUCAUCACCCAGUGCCUAGGACGGGAGUGGAGGAUGACGACAGGCGGACUAUGCACACAAACAGCUUCUAUGCCAAUGCAUUCCUCGGGAAGCAGAACCAGCCAAUCUGGACGCACCCGUACAGUCUUUGGUGGGGCAAGGGAUGGAUGGAAAUUGGCCAGGUGCAGACUUGGGGCAUGUGCGUGAGCCAUGUUGAAGAAUCAGAUUUGGUGUUUCAGCCAGGAGAUCCCGCAAAGGGCUACAUCAACCCCGUACGCAAGCAAAACCUCGUUCUAUCUGCCGUGGAACUUGACGCAAGGACUAUCCUGACAACAGACACGCAUCUUCCCUUUUCCGUCAACAUCAAUCUUAUCGCUCACUCUACGCCGCAAGAACCGAAGAUUACCUUUCCCGUUGUCCAGGGCAUGAGCUUCAUCACUGCCGGCUACCGUAAUGCAACACCCAUGAUACAAACCGGUGGCCGCGGCUUCGUCGACAUGGUCGGACCCACGAUGCUAGGAAGAACCUUCAAAUACUGCCUGCACGAAAAGAACGGGCAGUCCUGGGUCAUGUACGUCAACCCCGUUGCCAACAUAUCCUACGACGCCACAGGCUUCACCUGGCUCGAUCCCAACACGCUCGUCGGACCCCCCAACUUCAAAGGUACUAUCCAAGUAGCCAAAAACCCCCUCGGCGUAGAAGGGGAAGCACUCUACGACCGCGCCUGUGGAACCUUUGUCUGCGAAGCCAAACUCACCGCCACCGUCACCGACGGAAAAGGAACAUACACGUUCCGCUACAGCAAAAUCGGAACCGCACCUCUUCUAAUGUUUGCCCUUCCACACCACAUCGCAUCCCUAGACCCAGAUCUCCGUCCGCACAUCACCACUCUCCGCCUCCGCACAACAACAAAAGGCAUCGCAACAGCCAUCUGGGCGGAAAAACUCACCUUCAUCGAGCCCAAUCUACCCCUCUCCCUCUUCCUUAGCCCCUGGAUCCCCUCCAUGGGCGCCAACACAAAGAUCCGAUACCCACCCGACGUCCUCGCCCUCAUAGCCGCCGUCGCAGAACGCGACCUCCGCCGCGCCAUGACGGACAAGAUACCACAAGAAAGCAUGUACUUUGCGGGAAAAGCCUUUGCAAAAUUCGCAACCAUUGUUUGGGUCAUCCACGACAUACUCUGCCACACAGCCAUUGCCCUCGCAGGCCUCACGAAACUAAAAACCGAACUAGCGAAAUACAUCGCAAACACCCAACGUCACCCCCUCUACUACGACGACAACUGGAAAGGCGUCAUCUCAGCUGCUGGCUUCACAGAUGCAGCUGCUGACUUUGGAAAUACGUAUUAUAACGACCAUCACGUGCAUUAUUCGUAUUUCAUAUACACGGCUGCUGUGAUUGGGUACUUGGACCCGAGUUGGUUGGCACAAGGCGAUAAUAAGGCGUGGACGAAUAUGCUGGUGAAAGAUUUCGCAGAGAGCGAGUAUGAGGGGAGGGAUUACCCGUUCCAACGCUCGUUCGAUUGGUGGCAUGGACAUAGUUGGAGCAAAGGCCUUACUGAGUCACCAGAUGGAAAACAUAUCGAGUGUAUGGGUGAAGAUGGAUUUUCAAGUUUUGCAGUCAAAGUCUGGGGACGAGUUAUCGGCGAUGGGGCAAUGGAGAAGAGGGCCGCACUACAACUAUCCCUCCAGUCCCGCACAUUCCCAACCUACAUCGCCCUUCUCUCAACAAACCCCCACCAUCCCCCCCGCUACCUCGCCAACAAAAUCUGCGGCGUCCUCUUCGAAAACAGAGUCGACUACGCCAGCACCUACGCGCGCCACAGCACCUUUUGCGAAUGCUCCUACUUCACCUUGUCACCCUCCCUCAUCCACGGGAUCCACAUGCUGCCGCUUACCCCCGCCACGUUGUUGUUGCGGCCCAGGCAGUGGGUGCGCGAGGAGUGGGAUGCAUUUUUUAGCGAGGGCAGGUGUAAUGUUGAGGGGGGGUGGCGCAGUAUUUUGUAUGCGAAUUUGGCGAUUGUGGAUCCCAAGGCUAGUUACGCGUUCUUCAGGGAUGGGAUUGAUGGGUUUUGGGAUGAGCGGUGGAUUGAUGGUGGGACGAGUCGGACGUGGUGUUUAGUUUGGGCGGCGGCGUUGGGGGAGCUGGCGAAGAAGUGA